AUGUCAUCAUUCUCUGAAUUAGCCAAGAGAGCUGGUAAUGCUGCUAUCGAAAUUAACAAGCCAAUUGGUGCUGACUUCCACAUCACUGAGAGAGGUUCUGAUUGGUUGUUCUCUGCUUUCUGUAUUUUCAUUUUCUUCACCAUCUUAUUAGUUGGUUUAAUGUUCAGAAAACCAGCUAAUGACAGAUUAUUUUACUACACUGGUAUUGCCCCAAAUUUAUUCAUGGCUUUAGUUUACUUCACAAUGGCUUCUAAUUUAGGUUGGGCUCCAAUCAAGGCUGAAUUCAACCAUGUUAAGACUUCCACUCAACUUGAACAUCCAGGUUACAGACAAAUUUUCUACGCUAGAUAUGUUGGUUGGUUCUUAGCUUUCCCAUGGCCAAUUAUUCAAGCUUCUUUAUUGGGUAACACUCCAAAAUUCCAAACUGCGUUCAAUGUUUCCAUGAGUGUUGUCUUCUCUGUUUGUUUCUUGAUUGGUUCUUUAGUUAAAUCCACCUAUAAAUGGGGUUACUUUGUUUUCGGUAUUGCUGGUGCUCUAGUUUGUUCUAUCUCUUUAUUGACCACUACCAGAAACUUAGCUAGAAACUUGGGUUCUGAUGUCUAUACAUUCUUCAACAUCUACUACGGUGUUUUCAUGUUCCUAUGGUUCAUCUACCCAAUCGUUUUUGGUAUCAGUGACGGUGGUAAUACUAUUCAACCAGAUGGUACCACUGUCUUUUACGGUGUUCUAGAUGUUUUAGUUUUAGGUGUUUUACCAUUCAUUUUCGUUUUUGUUGCCUCUAACUUCGGUCUAGACAGAUUCGGAUUAAACGCAGAAGCUCAUCACGGUUUUGACACUGAAAAAUCUUUGGGUGGUAUUGCAUCUGCUAGAAACUCCGGUGAAACUGCUGUUAGUUCUCCAGCUGUCACUUCUCCAGCUGUUGGUUCUCCAGCCGUUGCCACUCCAGCUAAAAAGUCUAAGAAGUCAAAGAAAUCUAAGAAGUCAAAGAAGCAUUCUGAAGACUAA